UUCUACUAAUAAGAGAAUAGAUGUUUUUAAAAAUUCGGUUUCCAUUUUUGUCUUCUUUGUUUAUCUAAUUGGUUUAAUUAGUUUUCUUAAUUGUUUUUUAUUUGAUUGUUCUCAAAGUAGAAUCAGUUGAUUAGUUGGACGCUUUUGUAGAUAUAACUAUUUAUAUUAAUCUUUGUUUGGUUGAAUUAAUUGUCUUCCAUCAUGUUUGGAACACCUCAAACCUCAACCACAGCCCCAUUUAAUGCACCAUCAACAUCUCAAACAUCAUUUGGAUUUGGUGCAAGUCCCAAUAGGAUGCAGUCCACUUUUGGUCAACCCGCUGCAUUUACAGCUAAUCGACCUGCUCAAACCACUGGAUUUGGCGUUGGACCUUCAACAAGCUCUGGACUAUUUGGAGCACAAACAUCAACUACUCCUUUCUUUGGUACUCAACCAACAACCCAAACAACACCAUUUGGAGUAACAACUACAGCUACAUCACCUUUCGGAGGAGCUACAUCAACAUCUUUAUUUGGUGGUACAAAUACUGCCCAAACUAGUACACAAUCACUGUUUGGACAAAGUUCCUUCUCAAAUACCACUCCAUUCAGUGCAGCUACUGGAACAAAUACCAUGCAAGCUGUUGGUACAACCGUUAAAUUCAGUCCAUUGAUUGGUAGUGAUACAAUGUUGAAGAAUAACAUAAACACAACAAUUAGCACUCGCCAUCAAUGUAUCACAGCAAUGAAAGAAUAUGAAACAAAAUCAAUGGAAGAGCUUCGAUGGGAAGAUUAUCAAGCUAAUCGUAAAGGUGGUCAACCUCAAGGAACCACAAUGUUUGGUCAACCACAAGCUACAAGUGAGUCUUUGUUUGGUGCUCAACAACAAGCACAACAACAACAGCAACAGCAGCAACAACAACAACAACAAGCAGCAGCGGCUACAACUCCAUUUAGUUCAAGUACUAAUUCAAUCUUUGGUAAACCUUCAUUUGGCUCUUCUUCAUCUCUCUUUAACACCUCUACAUUUGGAGCUCAACCAGCUAAACCCGCUUUUGGUACACCAGCGACCACAACAACCUUUUCCUUUGGUCCUGUUGCCCAACAACCAGUGACCGUUACUUCAGGAGGAUCUUUAUUCAAUGCAACCUCUUCAUUCACACCAAAUACCAACUUUUUUCAACCUCCAGCGACAAACACUCAACCCAAAUCAUUAUUUGGAGCCACCACAACAACAACUCCCUCACUAUUUGGUAGCAACACAAUGACAGCACCGAAAACCGGGUUUGGUCUUCCUACUUCAGGAACAUCUACUUUCGGUUCAACUGUCCAACCGUUUGGUGCUACUCCUAACACUUUCUCUUUCAACGCAAAUCCUUCGACAUCAACAACCUCACUUUUCUCUUCAAAUCUUGGAACCACAGUUUCUUCAGCAAAUACCAACGCCUUGAAUAAGUCAUCUAAUCUCUUCAACUUUGCCAGUAAUACGGGUACAACUUCAUUGUUCAAUGCGCCAAAUCCUUCAAUGACCAAUUUUAAUACUGGUAACGUUUUCAAUACCGGUACUACACCCAAUUUCUUUGGUGCCCAAAACAGGAGUUCAAUGUUUUCGAAUCCAUUACAACCUGGACAAGCUCAGGUACCACCAAUGUCUCUACAGCAAAGUUUAUCACAAACAAUGCCUACAUCAGAAUUGUUGAUGAAUCGAUUGCAAAAUAUGCCUUAUGGUGAUUCACCAUUCCAGAAUUUAUCUGCCGUGAAUCAGUCUUUGCCUUUGAAAUUCUCGACCGAUUCAAAAACAUUAUAUCAAUAUAAAGUUAGUCAAAAAUCAUCAAGUUCACCAAAAGUACCACGAAAUGUUGGCACUCCCCAAGUGAAUCCAUCAUUUUUAUUUGAUGGUUUAGAUGAUGAUAAACAAGAAGAUGAACCCAAAUCAGCAAUUGACAUUUUUGCCCCUCGACGUAACAUUAAACGAUUGGUACUUAAACCCAAAGAUUCAACUCUAAAUGCAUCGAUCACCGAUUCACCUUCACUUUCAAUGACACAAAGAAGUGUUAAUGAUAAAUCAAAAGAAAAUGUCGCCGAUAAUACAGUCUCUGAGCUUUUUACAACACCAUCGAAUCCAAUUAACAAUCAAAUCAAUACAAAUACAAAUAGUCCAAUUCACCAAACAUCACCAUCAUCACUAACAACAACAAUUACCCGAAAUUCAGUUACCUUUGGUGAAACCUCAAUAAUGGGCGACAAUGUAAACAGUUCCAGUUUACUUAAUGUCGCUGAUUCCAGUGGUGAUAAUAGUUACAUUUGUCCAUCAACUCCACCACCACCACUUAAUUGUCGAUUUAAAUUGAGUAAAUUAGAUUAUUACACUAAACCAGCAUACAAAGAUUUGGACAGAUAUUACAAUGAAUCAAAUGAUACCUGUAAAGUACCAAGUUUAACUAUUGGACGUGAAGGUUAUGGUGAAAUUCAUUGGGAAGGAGGAGUUGAUGUAACAGGAUUGGAUAUCGAUGAGAUUGUUCAUAUCCGUCGGAAAGAAGUGAUUGUUUACCCUGAUGAUGAUCAUAAACCCGAGGUGGGUAAAGGUUUGAACAAAGCGGCUCAGAUCACUUUGCAUCAAGUUUGGCCUGUUGAUAAGACGACACAUGAGAUAAUUAAAGAUAUUGAUAGAUUGCGAACCAUGAGAUAUGCUGAGAAAAUCGAAGCUGCGACUAACAAAUUAGGAGCCACUUUCAAGGAAUACAGACCAGAAUCGGGAUCAUGGGUAUUCUGUGUUAAACAUUUCUCCAAAUAUGGCUUAAUUGAAGAUGACGAUGACAUACCUGACAAAAAAGAUCAACCCUUACCUCCACCUCCACCUAUCGCUGCUCCUCAACCGCCUGUUGGACGACUUGUCCUUAAUAAGCCAUCGCAAACUACUCAGACAAAAGAAGUAGCUACAUUUGAAUUGCCAGAAAUGCAGCCCAGUAAAAGUUUCAUGGAUCGAACUCAAAUUCACGAUAAGAGUGGAUUUAACUUAAGUCAUUUAAGCCAUUCAACCGGAGCCGGUGGGCUAUCAACUGAUUUCAAGGAUGUUUCAGUUGAAAAGGUGCCAGAAAUGUUCACAAGUUAUUAUGAUUCAAUGAGAUUUGCUCUAUUCAGUGAGGAAGAUGAUGGUGAUCAAAUUUUAGAAUCUAAUUUCAAACGGCCUAAAAGAACUCCUAACACAGCGGAUGAGAAGAAAUCUUUCAAACCCAUUAUGGAAACUCCUACAAGUUAUGUACCCAAGAUGCGUUUUGUUAAAAAAAGAGACUUAAUCUUGGAACCUGAUUCUUUUUCCUCUGAAAACAAGCUUAAUGCUGAAAUUAAUUCUGUUUGCCAUGCAAUGUCACCAAAAGUUAGAUUCUUUAAUGGUUCUUCAAAUUUUACCUUGAUCAAUGGUAAAAAUGUCCUCCUCUAUAAUCUUGAUCUCAUCUCUGAUAUUUCCGAUCAAUAUUCACGAUUUGAUACUCAGUUGAAGGAAAAUUCAAUAAUCACAAGUCAAGAAAAUGAACCUCCAUUCAUCGAGAUGAAACCAAUGGUACACAACAAGUAUAAUGUUGAUUAUUUAGAAAAAUUUGUCGAAGCAUUUUUUGGAGAUUUAACAGAGACAACAAUGUACGGUCAACAACACGAGAGAAUUAAUCGAGUAAUCGAUUGGUUAGCAGAAAGAAAUGCAACCCAAAAGAAGCCCAAAGAGGUACCAGCACGAAUUAUUCAUCAUCUUUGUUGUAAUGAUUUAAAAGGAGCUAUUGAUGAAGCUUUAACUGGUCGAAUGCCUAAAAUUGCCAUAUUACUUUGUUCCGGAAAUAAUCUGAAUGUAAGAACAAGUACAAUCAAACAAUUAGAAAGUUGGCGGAAAAGUGGUGCCGAUGCUUUUAUCGACAAAACACUUCUAAAGAUUUAUGUUAUCCUCUCUGGCGGCGUAAGUUGGAUUACAAGUACUGGUGAUGAGAUUGACGUUCUUGAAGGUGCAACUUGGACUCAACAAUUAUGUCUCAUGUUGAUUUUUUCCUCUCUCCAAGAAGGAUUGCAAGAGUGUAUCAGCAAUCUAACGGUUAAAACCAAUGACAUCGAAUAUCAUUUACUUGCUCGACAUUCGCCCUUUGAAGCAAUCGACGCAGCUUCCAACCACCUUGAAGGUUGGUUUCUUCAUCAAUCUCUUCAAAGUUAUCAAGUUAUCAAGAAUGAUGUUCGAAGUGAUCUUCUUCACCUGAUUGUUUGGUCUCAAUUGAUUUCGAAAGAUGUACUUUUAGCCUGUUUUGUUGCCUGUCAUAUUCGAGAUGAUUUUCUUCGUAACUAUGCAGUUGACGAAGCAAUCACUCAUAGCUCACCCAAUUUUCGACCUCAAGAUGACACCCAUUUAUCAUCAUCACUCUCCAUUCCAAAAGCUUUGCUUGCCCGAUUGAAAGCAAUUUAUUAUAAAAACAUUUUCGACCAUGAUAAAUAUGCUCACAGUUUACUUGAAGGUCAAGAAUGGUCUAAAGCUCAUGAUGCAUUUGUUGAGAAAAUAUUCCCCGAAUUAGUGAUCUAUUCAAAUUUGGAUUCUCUCCGUCAAAUUAUUGACCAAUUAAAGGAGCAUCGGGAAAAAAUUGCCAACUGGAACUUUAAUGGAGCUAAUGUUUUCGACAUUUACUCUCAAGCUUUGGUCAGUCAAUCGGAUGUCAAUCUGGACGAAUUCAAUGCUCACCUGUUGAAGUGCGAUAAUAAUCGUCAAACAUUAUGUCAAAGUGAAAUGGCUCGAAAAAUGAAUUACAUAUUGGUCAGUGUCAGAGGUGGACUUUACCAGUUAAAUACACCGAUUCCUCCCGAUUAUGCGUUGAAAGAAUUGAACUACAACUGCCGUCAAUUGCUUAAUCUCAUUUCCCGAUGAAAAUAACAAUCAAACUCUCUCUCUCUCUCUCUUACAACUUGUUAAAUUUUAUUUUUGACUCUCUCCACCUUAAAGCCAAGUAACGGUCCAUUUUUGAUAAAUUGUUCAUCCAUAAUCAUCAACAAUCUAAAUGAUCCUAAAAGCAAACAAUGUAUUUCCCUUUCUCUCUCUUUCUUUAAAAAAAGAAGAAAAUAAACAACAAUCAUAACUCUCUCUCAAAACAGUUAAUUUUAAAUUUUGAAUUCGUAA